UUCAUCUGAAUGGUUAACCAGUGAUGAGAAAGGAAAGUAUAAAGUCAGCCAGCACUCGAACCUGUGCGCCUGAAAGAGAAAACUGUGCCAAAUACGAUGAACAGAGUUCGAUCACAAGGAAAUUCGAACGUUUCUGCGGAUUCCGACUGGAUGAUGUGUCGUCCUUCGACAAAUUCACGAAUCUUUUGUACCAACCAACUGACGCAGCCAGUUUAGGAGUUGUCAGAGCACUUUUCGGUCUCUGUAUGGUGCUGGACGUCGUCGAAGAGAGAGGUCUAGCAGACGUCGAUAUAAAAUGGGGAGAUCCAUCAGAGUGCCGUUUCCCAUUGAUCCACGGAAUGAAACCACCGUCGUUACCAUGGAUCAUAGUGAUUUACGGGAUAAUGUGGAUGAGCGCGUUUGGAAUUAUGCUCGGAUGGCGCUUCAAGCUCGCUUGUUCCUGUUUCGUGGCCGCUUAUUGGUAUAUAUUCCUACUGGAUAAAACCUACUGGAACAAUCACACGUACCUGUACGGGAUCGUUGGGACUCUCCUCUGGGGUACGGAGGCUAAUAAGUACUUUGCUUUGGAUGCGAACAAACAGAAGGGAACCACGAGUACAGUGCCGUUAUGGAAUUAUUUUAUCUUAAAAUUCCAAUUCUUCGUGCUGUACUUUCUAGCUGGUUUAAAAAAAUCUGGUGCAGAAUGGCUGUCUGGGUACGCCAUGACGAAUUUAUCGGCACAUUGGGUUUUCAGUCCAUUCAAGUUGAUCUUGACCACUGAGCAAACUGAUUUCUUCAUAGUUCACUGGUUCGGUUGUAUCUUUGAUUUGACGGUGGGAUUUUGGAUGUUAUUCCAGAGAACCCGUGUUCCUGCCAUGAUCUUUUGUACUGUUUUCCAUUUAAUGAAUUCUAGAUUAUUCAGCAUAGGAAUGUUUCCGUACGUGUGUCUUGCGACCAUGCCCCUCUUCUGCAACACGGACUGGCCACGAAAGUUCAUUUCCUGUUGCAAACGCAAUUGCAUUUCAGCUUUUAUACAAAAUCAGAAUUUUCAAGACAGCGAGGAAUCUUCUUUAAAUCAAUUUACGAACAUAUACGAUAAAAAAUCUUCUAAGGAAACAAUUAAAGAUGCAUCGAAUCUACAGGGAAUGCUCACUUCGCGAGAUGAAGUCGAAACAGAUACGAAAUCAUCGUGCGUAAUUAAAAGUGAAGACUCUAAAAUGGAAACUUCAGAACGUGAAGUCAGCGGGAUCAAAACUGUUUGCAAACGUAUAAAGGAAGGAAAUCUCAAAUCGAAAAGCGUGACAAGGAGGCAAAGAUUUGUCGUUUCUCUUUUACUUCUUCAUAUUGGUCUACAAUUCUUCCUUCCGUACUCUCAUUUUAUUACAAAGGGUUACAAUAAUUGGGUACCAGGUUUGUACGGCUACUCCUGGGACAUGAUGGUCCACGUAUGGGACACCAUACUCGUCGUGAUUAAAGUUCACGAUAACGUGAGUAACGAGGAUCGUUUCUUGGAUCCGAAAGCCUGGGUGCAAACCGAUCGAUGGGAGAAACACGGCGACAUGGCCAGACAAUACGCCUUCUGUCUACGGGAAAAUUUGAUCGAGCAAAAGAAGUAUAUGUUGCAAAAUGGUCAUCAGUAUAAAAGGAAUCCAAAAUGGACGAGUUUGUCUUCGAACUUGAGCAUCUACAUCGACGUGUGGUGUUCUCUGAACGGAAGAUUCCAGCAAAGGAUGUUUGAUCCCAAUGUUGACUUGCUAACGGUGGAUUGGCAUCCGUUCAGGCCUAUUUCGUUUCUAAUGCCACUUCUGUCGCAAUAUAGUUCGUACAGAUAUAAGAUAGAAGAAAUUCAGCAACACGUCUACACAUGGUCAAAUGACACGGACGUUCUCUUUGUCGCUGACUUUCCUGGCAUGCAUCUGGACAAUUAUAUCGCUAAAAAUUUCACUAACGUCAGUUUGACGGUGCUCGAAGGUGAAGUAACGUACAGUGACGAGAACCAAACGGAAGGUGUCAUUCUUUCGAAAGAAUCGUCGAUUCCAAUAAAAACUGAACAAUUUCAUCGAGUCAAGACGACGAGCGCUUAUCCGGCUUGCUACAUGUACACUUACAACAACCGAAACAAACAACAAUCGGAUACAAAUGGACCACUCGAACCGGAAACACAGAAGGAAGUAUUCUCAAUUUCAAAGGAACUUAAUUACAAGAUCGAAGCCUGGUCGCGAGCCUUGAAUCACAUAGUGAAUGCGUUUUUUUAUUUAGUUUACGAUGUUCCUAUGGUGCGACGAGUACAUAUCAAUAAAUAGUAGGAACUGUAAUUCGUACACCGCAAACCGAUCUCUUAUUUUUAAGAUUAGCCAAAGAUUACAGACAAUUUAUUUUCAUACCUAGCAAUGUUAAAUAUACUAAGCUCAAUGGAAAACUCGUUUCAAUUGUCUCAAUAAGAUGAAUAAACCAACAGAAUUUAGCAAAACAAACU